AUGAAACAGUUUGUGCCAGCCGCCGCCGUGGUGGCGCUCCAGGUCACCGCGUCUCUCGCGGAGGAGCUGCUGCCCGUUCAGAUCAGGGCUCCCAGCCCAGCACACUUCUCCGAUCUCGUGGCCAACAACACGCUCGAUUUCGGCUGCAGGCCCAUCGCCCAUCCCACCAGCGAUGGCAAGUUUGAACUCCAGGCUCUCCUCACCAGAGACCAGAUCAGCUGGCUUCACGGCGAGUAUAGCUCGGACGAGGCCAUCACCGUCCAGGAGACUGCCCUUGACAAGCGCCAAACCUCGGGCAAAGCCCCCAUCGGCACCGGCGAUCGCUUCAGCGGCGGCUCCGUGACCCCCUCGGGCCUCGGAACCAAAGCCAGCACGGCCAGCAUCGCCAGCAUCCUCAACGUCAACGAGAUCAACUCUGCGCUCACCGGCCUCGCAAACGCCUACCCGGGCGCCUUCUUCAAGUACAACCUCCCCUACACCACCUUCCAAGGCCGUACCUCGGUCGCCGCCUACACCGGAGCCGGUCCCGACACGUCAAAGUACCGGCUCUACCUCUCGGCCGGCAUGCACGCCCGCGAGCGCGGCGGGCCCGACAACCUCCUCUACUGGGUUUCUGACCUCCUCGCGGCGAACAAGUCCGGGUCUGGGCUGACCUACGGCAAAAAGACGUACACCAACGCCCAGGUAAAGUCUGUGCUCAGCGCGGGGAUUGUCCUCUUCCCGCUCGUCAACCCAGACGGCGUGGUAUACGACCAGUCGUCUGGUUCUCUCUGGCGCAAGAACAGGAACACCCGCUCUGGCUCGUCGGGCGCGUCGGUGGGCGUUGAUCUCAACCGCAACUUCAACUUCCUCUGGAACUUUCGCAAGUUCUUCUCUUCGUCCGUCUCCCCUGCUUCUACAAGCCCUAGCUCGGAGGCGUUUUACGGCACCGCUCCCGAGUCAGAGCAGGAGACCAAGAACCACGUCUCCGUCUAUGACAAGUUCCCCGGCAUCAGAUGGUUCAUGGACAUUCACUCUGCCGCGGGGACGAUUUUGUAUUCUUGGGGCGAUGACGUGAAUCAGUCGACGGAUCCAAAGAUGAACUUUUUGAACUCGACGUAUGAUGGGAAGAGGGGGGUGACGGGGGAUAGUGUGUACAAGGAGUACAUCCCUGCCGCGGACGCGACUGCCAUCAAGAGGGCGGCGGAUGCCACCGUGGCGGGUAUGAAGGGUGUGGGCUCGAGGAGCUAUGUUAGCCAGCAGGCGGUGGGGCUGUAUCCCACCUCGGGGGCGAGUGAUGAUUAUGCUUUUAGCAGGUUUUGGGCUGAGCCGGGGGUGAGUAAGGUUUAUGGGUUCACGAUGGAGUUUGGGUACUCGACCAAUUUUUAUCCGACGACGGCCGAGUUUAACAAUAAUAUUCGGGAUACGAAUGCUGGGUUUAUGGAGUGGGCGUUGACUGCUAUUGCUGUCGGGUUGUAG